AUGAUAAAAGCUCAAAUUGUUCGUUUGUUCGAUAUUCGCAAAGAACUGACUAGCCGAGUGGAAAAAUUGGAGUCCGACCUGGAAGCAGAGCGAAAUCAGCCCAGUCCGAUCAGUCGCUACGAGUCCCGAACACGAUACGCUCAGUCUCAGGAAGCUGAACUGAAACAAGAUUUGCAUACCCCGAAUCCGAUCGAAUCGCGAUCCGAUUUUGGAAAUACGAAACUAUAUGUGGUUCUGAUUGGAGAUCAAAUACUAAACGAGGACAUCGUGGCAUUUGAACAUAUUGAGUUUGACCGUGUCGGAUAUGGGUCCGAUGGAAACUUUUGUCAAAAGAGUCUGAAGAUCAUGAAACAAACAGCAUUCCGUUACGGACACCCAACCGCAGCAUUGCGUGAACACACCUACAAACAAAUGCGACAGAAUAAUCUUCGAUCGCAAGCUCAAGAAUACAAGUACAAGCUACAAGAAGCAUUGCAACGCAACACCGCUUUGGAAAGUGAUAUCGUACGUCUAGAGGGCCAAAAUAAGCGGUACAAAACGAUUGCGGAAUCUUUCGAAAAAGAAGAAGCGGAAUUGAAACAAGAAAUCCGACAGCAUAUUCGGCAGAUGCGAGAAGUGAAAAGUGAACUAGAGGACUACAAAAUGAUAAACGCACGCCUGCAACGUAAGCUAGAUAAACUCGAUCGAUCCUCAGUCGCUCCAACCGGUUUGGUAUCGACCAGUCUGCGCACGACACGAGAUUCGUCCACACAUCGAUAA